GGCGGUCAGAUCACAUCUUGGGCUCUCCCCUCCGCGGCCCAGGGGCAUGUAGCGCACCCGGGACGCACACUCUCCCCCACGCCCACCGAGACACACGCACGCACGCACCCGCCCGCGGCUCGGAGUUUCCAGCUUGAGAGGUCGGACAUGCUGAAGCCCGGAGACCCCGGCGGCUCGGCCUUCCUCAAAGUGGAUCCAGCCUAUUUGCAGCACUGGCAGCAACUCUUCCCGCACGGCGGCAGCGGCGGCCCGCUCAAGGGCGGCGGCGCCGCGGGUCCCCUGGGCGCGCCGCAGCCCCUCCAGCCCCCGCCGCCGCCGCCGCCGCCCCCGGAGCGCGCAGAGCCGCCGCCGGACAGCUUGCGCCCGCGGCCCGCUUCGCUCUCCUCCGCCUCCUCCACUCCGGCUUCCUCCUCCAACUCGGCCUCCUCUGCCUCUUCCUGCGCCGCCGCUGCCGCCGCCGCCGCCGCCGCCGCGCUGGCGGGUCUCUCGGCCCUGCCUGUGGCGCAGCUGCCGGUGUUCGCCCCUCUGGCCGCCGCCGCCGUCGCCGCGGAGCCGCUGCCCCCCAAAGACCUGUGCCUCGGCGCCGCCUCGGGCCCGGGGCCUUCCAAGUGCGGCGGAGGCAGCGGCGUGGACGCUCGGGGCGCCUCGCGCUUCCGCUGCAGCGCGGAGGAGCUGGACUAUUACCUGUACGGCCAGCAGCGAAUGGAGAUCAUUCCGCUCAACCAGCACACCAGCGACCCCAACAACCGUUGCGACAUGUGCGCGGACAACCGCAACGGCGAGUGUCCCAUGCACGGGCCGCUGCACUCGCUGCGCCGGCUCGUGGGCACCAGCAGCGCCGCGGCCGCCGCGCCCCCGCCGGAGCUGCCCGAGUGGCUCCGGGACCUGCCGCGGGAGGUGUGCCUGUGCACCAGCACUGUGCCGGGCCUGGCCUACGGCAUCUGCGCGGCGCAGAGGAUCCAGCAGGGCACCUGGAUCGGGCCCUUCCAGGGCGUCCUCCUGCCCCCGGAGAAGGUGCAGGCCGGCGCUGUGAGGAACACGCAGCAUCUCUGGGAGAUAUAUGACCAAGAUGGAACACUACAGCACUUUAUUGAUGGUGGGGAACCUAGUAAGUCGAGCUGGAUGAGGUAUAUCCGAUGUGCAAGGCACUGCGGAGAACAGAAUCUAACAGUAGUUCAGUACAGGUCGAAUAUAUUCUACCGAGCCUGUAUAGAUAUUCCCAGGGGUACCGAGCUUCUGGUGUGGUACAAUGACAGCUAUACGUCUUUCUUUGGGAUCCCUUUACAAUGCAUUGCCCAGGAUGAAAACUUAAACGUCCCCUCCACGGUCAUGGAGGCCAUGUGCAGACAAGACGCCCUGCAGCCUUUCAGCAAGAGCAGCAAACUGCCCCCGGCCGCCCAGCAGCGUUCUGUGGUUUUCCCACAGACGCCGUGCAGCAGGAACUUCUCUCUCCUGGAUAAGUCUGGGCCCAUGGAGUCAGGAUUUAACCAAAUCAACGUGAAAAACCAGCGAGUCCUGGCGAGCCCGACCUCCACGAGCCAGCUCCACUCGGAGUUCAGUGACUGGCAUCUUUGGAAGUGCGGACAGUGCUUUAAGACUUUCACGCAGCGGAUCCUCUUGCAGAUGCACGUGUGCACGCAGAACCCCGACAGACCUUACCAGUGUGGUCACUGCUCGCAGUCCUUUUCACAACCAUCAGAGCUGAGGAACCACGUAGUCACUCACUCCAGUGACCGGCCCUUCAAGUGCGGCUACUGCGGUCGUGCCUUCGCCGGGGCCACCACCCUCAACAACCACAUCCGAACCCACACUGGAGAAAAGCCCUUCAAGUGCGAGAGGUGUGAACGGAGCUUCACGCAGGCCACGCAGCUGAGCCGGCACCAGCGGAUGCCCAAUGAGUGCAAGCCAAUAACUGAGAGCCCAGAAUCAAUUGAAGUGGAUUAACUGAUUGACUGGUUGGAAUUAAACUGCAAGCAAAGUCAUGAUUAAAUGUCAUGGACACUUAAGCAAAACCAAAGAUUUCCUCUGAGCAACUUUCAAUCAGUCCCAGAAAACCAAAAGCAGUAAUAAAAUAAGUAAGAUGUUAAAGAGAUAUUGAUCCUGGCGUGGAAGUCAGACCAGGAAAGAGAUUAUUUAUUUAUGACUAGGGAUGAGACUUAUUUCAGUGGACCACAACCUGGGACGGUUCACGUUUCCAGUCCUCCCAUGUAUUUGCUUUGUUUCUAAAAAGCUUUUUUAAACUGUAAUUUAAUACCAAAGGGAGGAAUCGUGUGGGUUCUUCGGCUCACACUUGUGACUAAGAAUGCACAGGGACUUCUUUCUCGUUGCACCUUUUUUUUUUUUUUUUAGUAGCAUGAUUCAAGGCGACCCACAUUGUACAGCCCUCCUUCCUGCCGUUGGGGUUUGCGUGGCCCGAUUUGGCCACCCCAGCAGUACCGCACAACGAGAAGCCAGAGCCUCCGCUAACUCAUUGCCACUGUCAGCCCCGCGGGUGGCCCGUGUCUGUGUUUUCCAUGCUUGUUUCCAAGGCCCUUUUAACGCCACUCCUUCCGUCCAUCCGUCCACCCGGCAGCCUGACCUUGAGGCAGAGGAGCCUUGAAAAGGAAGAAAACGGUUCGGUUUCAAGAUUGAAGGGGGAAAAAAAAAAGUGGGGAACUUACUUUGUCUUGUCAAGAUCUCAGAAACAUUUAAAAUGUACAGAGCUUCAUAAUACAGUAUAUUGUUCCGAAGCAGCUAGUGGAGAAGAUUGUUUUCAAUAACAUUUUAGCUUAAAAAAAAAAAAAAAACCACAAAAACAAAAAAUAAAGUUCUUCGGUAUGAAGCCGAAACAUAAGGUAUUAGGCUUCCAGGAAUUUUUUUCAUUGUGUCUAUGAAAGUGUUGAAUACAUGAGCAGAAAGGGUGCCCGGCUCCCUUGUCAGCGCUCUCUGAGGUAGUUUUGUCUUCUUUCCUCCAGUAGAGGAAGCCCGGGAGACCCCUUUCCUCACUCCUGAGUGUCAGGGGAGUGUUGCUGCAAAAAUAAGGGAAAAUAGCCCAGACCAGGAAGCAGUGAGUGGAGGAACCGGGGACAGGGUUGUGAUUAGAACAUACCGCACAAGAGCAGCUCUUUUUAUCAGUUGGAAUUACCUGUUCAUCUCCUCUGGCCCUUGAUAAUACUCUUCUCUCAUCGCUAAUCUGUUGGAAGAGCAAAGAUGGUGCACAUAAUUUCACCCCCCCCCCCCCUUGAUCACAAGGGAAGUGAGUGAACUUGAGCUAGCCUUUUGGCAGUUCGACAGUGGUGCCUGGUCACAUUGGGUCCACAUCCCGCGAAACGAUCCACUAUCAGGAAGAGCGGGUGGCCACUGUACUCGUGUCCGUGAGCUCCCAGCCUCGUGGUGGAGCCCAAGUCUACCUUGUAGGUGUCUUGAUCGCGGGGUAGCAGGACACUACCUUUUGAGGAACUCUUUGUCUCUUAGCCCUCCCCCGGUCUUCCCUUAACAAAAACACGAGACACGGAACUGGCUGCCGGAAGGCAAGGGUACCCCUGUGUGGUGCACCUGAUUCUGUCCUCAUGGAUUUGCUUCUCAGAAAAUCUUCCUUUACUUUUAACUUUGCCUCCCCGCCCCUUAGCACCCAACUGCCACAUUUAAAAUGGGUGUGGAACAGGGCCUCAUUGUGUUUGUAAUUUACCUAUAUAUACAUGGUUAAAAAGCCAAACUGAAUCGAGUAAGUUUGAAGGUCUGAUUGGCUUUAUUAAAGGAUUCAUGAACUGGACUGUGUCCCAUCUGGCGAGCAGAGAGAUGCUUCCAGGAUUUGGACUAAGUAGGAGCAUUUUAUAGGAAGAAAGGAGGGGGAGGAAGUUACCAGCAAAAGAAAAGGAAGGGUUCUUGCAGGUCACGACAUCAUUUUUUUAGGGGGAAGGGAACUGGCAGGAUUUUUAUCAUGCAGGUUACUUCGCUGGUCAGGAAAUUUCAGAUGGACUCAUAAAAGGUCACAUUCGUGGGUUAGGUUGAAACUGUAGUUAAGUCGUGGUUGACUCUUGUGCGGGUGCAAAUGACUCCAUUUCAGGCUUGUUAUUUGUCUUUUUAACAAUAUAUUUAUAUCUCAAAAUAAUCUCUAAGAUUGUGGGCUCCAAAGAGGAAUUUGAACAAUCCUGAUCUCCAUUGUCAGAUACGACCUAGGAUGUUCUCUUGGUUCUUUUUGGCUUUUUGUCAAGCAACUUGUAAGCAUCCUGUGCUGCCCUGUAAGUUUUGUUGAUGAAAAGUAUUCCCUCUGGUAGAUAGGAAUGUGUUUUGUCUCAUAGUUCCUUGUCUUAAAUGAUGGAGGCAUUUGCCAAAACUGCGUGCCAUUGGGCACGGUGGAAAGAACAUGAAGCCUUAGUAACCUAAAACCUCUAAGAACAUGUCAGAUUGGCUGUACAGAGGAGGAAGGUGUUCCAUUUAUUAAAGAUGAAACAUUUGGCUGUACAUUUUGAACGUGAUGCGAAGGGACUCACCUGUAUGUCCCCAACAUUUUUUUUCCCUGAGAAAAAUCGCUGUCAUUUACUGCAUUUCACAAUGAAACACACAUGUGCUCUACUCAAUUCCCAGCACCUCCGCAUGCAAG